AAAUUGCAAAUAUUGCUUCAGAAAUCUUAAUUGCAUAAUUAGAGAGUGCAACCCUAAAAUUGAUAAGCUAUUAUCAGGGAUCAGAUAUCAAGACAAUGAUAAACAAAAAACGAGCAGCAUAUUCAUUAUAAACUUUCAAUAUAUCGAAAACAGUGGACCCAAAAUGACUACAGCUUUAUAACGAUAAAUAUACUUUUCUCAGUUUUAAAAAUGUUUGCAUUACAUAAAUUGGUCAUUCUAUUAGGAUUAGGACUGUGUGUAAAGUGUGUGGAUAUAAAAUUCGAGAAUGUUCUGACCUCGCAACACGGGUACGGCUGGCCGGCCUCGCUCCAUGUGGCCGAAGGUAACGAGGCGCUGAUGAAGCUCAGCGUCCGUUUGGAUGACCAGCAGUCAUGUUAUGCCAAAACACCCAUGGGAGAUGUCUUUAACGUGGAGUCACCACCGUCGAACGAGUAUGAGAAAUGGAGCGAAGGGUGUGGCUUGAGAGUUCGUCACGUGAAGCCCGAGUACGUAGGGAGGUGGCGCCUGACCGCCAACGGACAGAACAAGUCCCUUACCGGCUGGACCGAACUACACGUCAUAGAUGACGUAGAAACAUACCAACCCAGCCCCAUCACUCUCAAGGACGGUGAGACUCAAGCGAAGGUGGAUCUCACGACUCUAGACAACGCGUACUGCGUGGUGGCGAAACCAUUCACAGAGAGCUCGCUGGUGCCGGGACACUGUGCCUUAACCCUGGAGCGGACCUCCAGGUCUGUCCAGGGCAACUGGGACAUUCUGCUGGGGAUCCCUGGACAGGUGGCGGAAGUGAGGGCUUCGAAACACGUCGCUGUUGAAGCCGAACGUCUGGACACUGGCUACGUAUACGACGCGAACAGUGGCAAGCUGCACCUCUACUGCAACAUCUUGUAUACGGACAAAGACGUGACUUUCUGCCGGUUCCAAAGAACCACUAACUCGUACGGGUAUAAUGUCAUGGACGGAUUGAGCGAUGGCAGCCAUAGUUACUACGGCGAAGGUUUCGCUAUGAAGCAGUGCGGUAUGACGGUGGAGCACCCGGCCGCCGGCGACUACGGCACAUGGCGGUGCUCCGUGGGUGUGGGCUCGCUGGUCAACAACCAGUUUGUCCAGGGAACACCCAUGCAGGCCCUCAUCAAUGUUCCUACUACACCUAGAUUCAAUUUUCCGCAAGAUGACGGAGAAGACAAUAACGAACCGAGAACUGUCUUCGUCGAGGAAAACAGCGAAUUCACACUGUCCUGCCAAGCGGACUUCGCCCUGUCCUACUGCUGGUUCCAGCACCCCAACGGAACGCAGUUCACGCCGGUCGCGUUAUCGCAGCAAAGCCAACUAUUCUGGUACAGCGGGGAGAGUCUGACCACGGGGGACUGUGCGAUAACAUUCGUGGCCGCUAACGCGUCCGAUGCGGGCACCUGGGUCUGCCACAUGGGGCCCCGCGACACCAUAGGGGUGGAGGAAACGGGGCAAGUGCAGCUUAGGGUAACUGGACCCCUUGCGGCCAAUCAGAAGGAGAUUCCGGUCACCGUGGGGGAGCCCGCGACUAUCUUCUGUCACUCGUCCAACGGCAACAGACCUCUGGAGUACUGUCGCUUCCUCUCGCCCAGCUAUCUCGGGAUCAAUAUUGACUCGUCCGUAACGGAGGAUAACGCGAUUCUGGGUCGCUUCUACUUCACGCCUGGACGGGACCUCACUCACGGGUUCUGCUCGCUGGAGAUCAGGGAAGUGACGGCCGAGGACAUCGGCGUGUGGACGUGCGCCGCCGUCGUCGACAACAAUGCCGAGGAAUCGAGGGACACCGCCACGCUUAUAGUUGACGAAACCGCCUCCGCCCCGCGCUACCGCGCCGGUAUCAUCGGUAUGUCGGUCGGGGUUGUCGCACUGAUCGUCGUGCUAGUUGGUUACCUCGCCUACAAGCACAACCUGAUUCCGACCAUCAAUCGGAGACGCAACCCGAGCAACAUUGAAAGCACAAUGACGAUGUCCUUCUCUAUGCCCAGCCGGACUUCAGGCAACCCGAGCCUCAGCAGCGGAAGUUCCAACGAGGAAGAAUUUAGACGACACUAAUAGAUUGUUAAAGAAAACCCGCAAUGUAUGUUAUCAGGUAUUUGAACAUUUCGGUCUUAAAGAAAUGAAUACUCAUAAUUUUUCCAAAUUUGCAGAAUAUAUUAUUAUUGUUGUCACGUAACUUUUUUAUUUACCUGCACAAACAAUUCCUUUGUAAUUCAAGCACAACAGAAAAUGUGUAAUAUCUUUCUCCCGAACAAUUUCGAGCGAACAACGAUAACUCGAAAGGUAUAGACACCUUCAUGGGUAUAACGACAAACUAAUUGACUUUAUGAAAUCUAUAGAAGUAACUAGCUGACCCGGCAAAUGUUGUUUUGCCAUACAAAAGUAGAUAAAAACCUAUUCU